AAAAAACAAAACGAAAAAAAAAAACCAAGCCUAUCGAAAGUUCACUCAAACCCGUCACUCAAUACUCAAGUGUGCCAAUUCCGUUACUCCAAAGCAACUCUGCGCUGCAGCCCUGUGCCGAAAACAACAAAAGUUUCACUUUUUUUUUGCGGGUUGUUGUUCUCGCGUUGCUCUGGUAAAGUGCGAUUGAUCGGAUGUCAGUUCAAUGGAUCAGCAGGAAGACGCUGCAGUAAUGUUGGACCAGAAGCUGCUCCGCUUGCCAAUGGACAAAGUGGCCGGCCUCAAGCAAAAAUUUAAAAUACUUGUAACCAAUGUGUACAGCCCCCUUCAGUUCUGGUUCCAAUUCAUUGAGAGCAACAACAAAUACAAUCUGGAGGGGACUGCAAAGCCAGAUGAGCCACUUUUACAGCACAGACGCGGCGCACCGCCAGCCAGUUUUACCGCUGUUCCUACUGCCCGGAUACAUUUGUGCCGCCACCUCCAAGUGGGGCGGCUGGCGGCGUGUGCGUAUUGUGGCCGAGCCGCCGGACAAUGCAACGCACGUUUCGGUCUUCUACAUAGACUACGGCCGCCUGGAGAAGAUCGCCUGCAACGAUCUGCGCUUCCUGCCAAAGGGGUUCACCGAUAUGCCGGCCAUGGCCGUCCGUGGCGCCCUUGCGCGUGUCCAUCCGCCGGAAUAUAUGUGGCCGUGCGAAGCAACGGCGAUGUUCCGUCAGCAAGUGAUGUUUGAGGGGUCGUAUGCCGAAAUCGUUGGCCAGGAUCUGCACGAGGCCAUUUACUUUGUGGAGAUCUACGAAACCAAGAAGCCCGGAGCUCUGUCCGUGAACAGUUUAAUGAUCCAGACCAAGCUGGCGACUGAUGGCACACAGUUUGAUGAGCGCAUCGAAAAUCUGUGUGCCCGCCGCCUUCGCUACGUGCAAGAGCGCCUACCCUCCUUUGGAAUGCUGGAGACUGGUGUGUUUCCCAUGGAUGCGGAUCGGGAGUUUGAGGAAUACUUCAAGGGGAUCGUCUGCACACCAUCGUUCACGAUGGAGUUUAUGGUGCCCGCGACCACGAACCCCUUUCUACAGGACCUGAAAAGGGCGCUCUUUAACUGGAUAGUUGGCUUCAAGAAGAAGCAGAUUAAUCAGAGCCGAUUGGAGCAAAAGGAGCUGGAGCAGGCCAUAAAGGCAAGGGCUAUAGAGGGGGCCAACGAGCAGGAGGAGCUGCAGAUGGGCAAGGUGCAGGGGGAACUGCAGAAGGCCAAGCAGCAGGAGGAACCAGAGAAGGCCAAGGAGCAGGAGGAACCAGAGAAGGCCAAGGAGCAGGAAGCGCAGCAGAAGGCCAAGGAGCAGGAGGCGCAGCAGAAGGCCAAGCAGCAGGAGGCGCUGCAGAAGGCCAAGCAGCGCGAGGAGAUGUACAAGGCCAAGGAGCAUAUGGAGCUGGAUAAGGAGAAAAAGAUACUAUUGGAUAUGGCCUUCGCACAAUUACACAGUAAAAGAACCUUCUUGGAUGCGAUUCGUGCCACUAAGCCAGACAAUGAUAAUUAG